CACAGACUUGGCGCGCGUGGCGCUAUUCAUAAAUUUGCCGGCUGAUACAAAAUGGCGAAUCCCAAGGGCGACUCAAUGAACUCUCCAAAAUUCUACUUUCCUAACCCAGAAAUCCAAAAUGGGGCCCACGUUCGCUCCAUGGAGCAGUAUCGUGCAAUGCACAAACAGUCUAUCGAGGAACCGGAGAAGUUUUGGGGAAACAUCGCCAAGGAAUUCCACUUCGAGCGGCCGCCCACCGAGGGCAAAUUCCUCGAGUACAACUUCAACGUGAACAACGGCCCAGUGUUUAUCAAAUGGAUGCAGGGUGCGACCACCAAUCUUUGUUACAAUGUGUUGGAUAGGCACGUCAAAGCUGGAAAGGGGGACAACAUUGCAUUUUAUUGGGAGGGAAAUGACCCAAAUGACAGCUCAACAAUCACCUAUGGACAACUACUUAAAGAAGUCUGCAAGUUUGCCAAUGUCCUCAAGGGUCUGGGUGCCAAAAAGGGAGACUGCGUUGCCAUCUACAUGCCCAUGAUCUUUGAGCUGGUGGUGGCCAUGCUGGCCUGUGCCCGACUGGGAAUAAUGCAUUCCAUUGUGUUUGGUGGUUUCUCUGCAGACUCAUUAGCUGGUCGCAUGAUGGAUGCCCAAUCCACCAUACUAGUCACGGCUGAUGGAGUUUACCGAGGCACCAAGCUGGUUAACCUGAAGAACAUUAGCGACGAUGCCGUUGAGAUUUGCAAGAAAGAGAACUUUGCUGUCAAGACUGUCAUCGUUGUCCGUCAUCUUGGACCAAAUACGCCGACCAAGGAAGCACCAAGUAACGAUCAGGGAGCCAAGAGGCCUUGUAUGAGCCUCAAAACAAACUUUGUUGAGGGUCGCGACCACUGGUGGCAUGAUGUCAUGACGGGGGUGAGCGAUGAAUGCGACACGGUGUGGUUGGAGGUCGAGGAGCCGCUGUUUAUGCUCUACACAAGUGGCUCGACUGGCAAACCGAAAGGUGUCCUCCACACUCAAGCAGGGUACAUGCUGUACGCAGCCACCACCUUCAAGUACGUGUUUGAUUACCACGAGGGCGACAUUUACUGGUGUACGGCCGAUAUUGGAUGGAUUACAGGGCACACGUACGUGGUGUACGGACCAAUGCUUAAUGGUGCGACCAGUGUUAUGUUUGAGGGCGUCCCGACCUACCCGGAUGCUGGGCGAUGUUGGCAGGUAACCGAUAAGUACAAGGUCAAUCUCUUUUACACGGCGCCCACACUCAUACGCUCUCUAAUGAAGUUUGGUGAGGAACCAGUGAAGAAGUACAGUCGCAAGUCUCUGAGAGUUCUGGGCACAGUGGGAGAGCCCAUCAACCCAGAGGCCUGGUUUUUCUAUUAUAAGGUCAUCGGUGACAGUCGGUGUGCCAUCAGUGACACGUUCUGGCAGACGGAAACGGGUGGGCACACAGUGACGCCACUCCCAGGCUGUACCCCAAUGAAGCCAGGAUCUGCUUCUUUCCCAUUCUUUGGCAUUGAUCCGGCUGUGGUUGAUGAGGAUGGUAAAGAACUUGAAGGAGUCUGCGAAGGAUAUCUGGUAUUCAAGAAGCCUUGGCCAGGCGUAAUGAGGACCGUGUACAGAGAUCAUGAGAGGUAUGAGAGGACCUACUUCAGACAAUUCCCUGGUUACUACAAGACGGGAGAUGGGUGUCGACGUGAUGAAGAUGGCUACUACUGGAUCACUGGUCGCAUCGAUGACAUGUUCAACGUCUCAGGUCAUCUACUGAGUACGGCUGAGAUAGAAGCUUCUCUGACUGAACACCCAAAGUGUGCUGAGGCAGCCGUGGUGUCAUACCCUCACAAGACUAAAGGAGAAUGCUGCUACUGCUUCAUCAGUCUGAUUGAGGGAGCUGAGUUCACUGAGCCGGUUAUCCACGAGCUCAAGGAAUUGGUUCGCACCAGGAUUGGUCCUUUCGCAGCCCCCGAUGUUCUGCAGAACGCCCCAGGCCUGCCCAAGACGCGCUCAGGCAAGAUCAUGCGGCGCGUCCUGCGUAAGAUAGCCCGCAACGACCGAGAUCUGGGCGACGUCAGCACCAUGGCCGAUCCGACGGUCGUCGACGUGCUGUUCAACAAUCGGCCGGACGUGGAGAAAUGGGCCGCACUGAACAACCAGGUAGUGCUGUAAAAAAACAGGGAGCCGAUUUUCACGGAGUCAUUCAGCAUAGAAAUUUACUAAGAAAUUUGCUUAAAAUAUUCGCUCAGCAAAAGCGGGUUACCAGCAAAAAUUGUCAUUGGAAUUAUAUUACUUGUUGGAGUGGUUCCCAUCUGAUUUUUGCUCGCACAUAUAUUGGUCCUUGGAAUCAGUUACAAAAAUUCUGCGGAGCAUAAAAGUUGACUUAAGGCCGAGUAAAAACAGAAACUAGUUUCUUGUCCGGGCUUUUUUUAAACAGUGAAGGAGGCGGGCGCUUUUUUAUAUCUUUUGGCAGAUUUUCAAAGAUGGCGGAUGGACUUUCCAUAUUCUCAACUCUUUUGGUGAUACAGUAUGGUGUCCAAAAGGAGCCGUAACCCUUUUAACAUAUCUACAAUUUUGUUGAAAACAAAUGAAAACACAAUAUAUUGACAAUGUAUUUGCCAGAUUUUGUAAAAUGUAUAAAAUAAAAAAUAAAAAAUUUAAAUAAAAGAGGUGGGUGGGAAAAAGGAGGGGGGGGGGGGACACGAGAAACUGGUUUACUUUUUUUUCUUGGCCCAAUUGACAAGUACACAUAACUACUUGUGACCCGUUCUUGCUAAGCCAUCAUGCUACUAUAAGCAAAUUUCUAGUAUUGAAUUCAGUCUUUGACAUCUCGUCAGCUUAGGCUGGGUACUCAAAUUCUGCUUAUGGAAUUCUGCUUAGAUAAAAAAAUCACACAGUGCCUGAAAAACAACCCACCACUGUUUAAAUGUAAUAAAAGAAUUUUGUAUGUUAGGCCAACUCAAUUUGCAAAUUUGGGGCAUUGUGUCUUGCUUCUAAGACAGCUCCAAACUAUUAUUUUUUUUGUAGAUGUUCGUUUAUUCUGAGAUCAUUUUUUUUCAUUCAAAACAGACGCACAUUGGAACAUUAAAUGUUGAGUUAAUUUUAUAUUUUCUGUGCACAAAUUUCAUUCCUACUUUUUAACUAUGUUUAGGGUUAGAAAGUUAUGUGAAUAGUGAAUCUUAAAAAAAUGUGUGAGGAAAAACUGUUUUCGUUGUGUAUUCAUUAAUUUGUUUUGUGAUCUCUCUUAUGCGUAUUAAAUUUACUUUUAGCUAAUCUGUCUGAAAUAUGAAACUAAUCGUUAACCAUGACUUAAAAAAGAAGAAGAAUUUCCUGACAUAUGCCUACAAUGCCUUAAUUUUUGUCAAACUAAAAAUAUCACUUCUCAUCUUAUUGUGGGCCAAGGCUUUAUGAAAACCAUAAGAAUUCAUUACAGUUAUUCUGUAGCGGCAGUAUGUUUACGAUGAACUAUAGAUUGAGGACUUUAUUAGAAAAAUACAGGGCUAAAGGAAAGUACAGUUUUCCACUUAAUAUUUCUGCUUCUACUUUCUGUAUUGUAAUUGGCUGAGGACAAACGGGCUUUCAUGUUUUUUAAAAUGUGUAACUAUCUCAAUGAAUUACCUCUUAGGAUGUAGAUGAUGUUAAAGAUCUUCGUGAUCAUUUUUGUAUGAUUUUCUUUGUGGUUUUAACAACGCCACAUGCAGCAAACUCUCUGUAAAUUGGUAAGUGGAAUCUUUGCUUUUUAUACAGAUCGCCAAAAUAAAAAUAAUAAAUCAAUAAAUUGUCAGUAAAAAUAUGUAUUUGUGACAAAUUGUGAAUGAACAGAACAGUGUAACCCAUUAGUUCCUGUAACCCCAACCCUCAAGAAAAUAUAACGCCUUGCCUGAUACUCCCGAUGUUGUCUACGCCACCCCAUUGUUUAGGGAUUCAAGUGAAUACAAUGUAACACAAUGUAAUACAUAUGCUAAUGGUUUGGAUAAAACGUAAUAAUCUCAAAAAGUUGAAUUCAGAUAAUGGACUAGUUUUUUAUAUCAAAUUUUCUCAAAUGACUGCAAUUUUGCAACAUUCCAUCUUUUCAUUUCUUUUUGACAAAAUCAUUACACACAGAAAAUGAAGUGGCGUUUUGGUAUCCUUUGUUUAAUUCGAGUCCUUUUGGGGGUAGAAUUUCUUCCUGCUUAUGGUAAAGCAAUAAAUAUUAGCAUCAGGUUACCUAUUGUUAAAUGUUGACGAGUUGCAUGCAUUGUGCCCCUUGUAAUGAAUUCUGAACUCCAAUGUGUAGUCUGGUAGCCGUGCUAAAAGACUGCUUUUCUAACCCACAUAGCUGUCAGGUACCAGAUAUUUUUCCGACUAACACAACACAACACAAAACAGUAAACUUUUCACUGGAUAUGUCCAUUUUGGAGAAGUUGAGAAUACAUUGGUUAGAAGAAUAGUUGUUUUUUGUUUUAAAAAUGUGCAUAGUGGUAUCAAACAAUAAAUGUUUUUAUUUUUCAAUUACAUAAUUGUUUAUUUUUAUCAGAAGUGCGCUCAGUGUUGCUGCAGACAGUAUAGUUAUCUCAUUUGAUUUGAAAUGCGAAAUGGAAUAGUUCGUAGAAAUAGUAAAAGUGAAGCUUGGGAAUGAAGUAUUGUAGACGCCCUAAAUUUAAAAUAACCCCUUUUAGAAUACAGGUAUGGAAAAGUGUGAAAUUGUUGGAGAAACGUCAAGAGUGGACAGGUCUGCUAGAACCAUGAAAGAUUGAAGUAAGCUUUCGGCCAAGGCGUCGGGCUUGCCUCAACAACUCACAGCAAUAUGGUCUGCCUACGACAAUCUCAAGACAAAAAAAUGGUGUACAUAAAUGUUUCCUUUUUUUUACCCAGAUUUAAUGAUUCCAUAGAUACAUCCUAAUAUUUUUGCGGGUCUCAGAGAGCAUUUUCAGCAUUUCCCUGUAUUUCUAUUCCAGGUCUAUUUAUAAAAUGUAGAAAGUGAUGUGUACACCCGUCAUUUCUUUUAAAUUAGACAAUGGUCUUUUUUACAUUAUCCUUAUUUUAAAUGAAGAUGUCUGUAUUUUGUCAAUAUUCGGAAUGUAGUUCACACAAAUGUAUUUAGUUUUUUGUAAACGAACAAACAAUAAAAAAAUGACAUUCAGCUGA